AUGAUAAUUCUUUUCCAGCAACGGUAUAGGGAUGCCGCCAUAGUUAUAGGUGGAGGCACUGCCCUGUUUAUCCUUCAGGCGAUAGGGACAGGAAAUGAGAAAUAUUAUGAUGAAUGGGUUAUGCCAACACUUCGUCGCUUAAUGAACCCUGAAAAGGCUCACAAUUUUGCAGUGUUUUGUGCCAAACAUGGUCUAGUCCCUUACAUGAAGAAACAGAAUCAUGAUGUUUUGCAUACCAAAGUAUGGGAUCAAGAGUUCACUUCUCCCGUUGGACUUGCAGCUGGUUUUGACAAGCAGGGACAGGCAGUUGAUGGUCUUCUCAAGAUGGGAUUUGGAUUUGUAGAGGUUGGGAGUGUAACCCCUGAACCACAACCUGGAAACCCCAAACCUCGGGUGUUUCGUCUCACAGAGGAUGAAGCUGUAAUAAAUAGAUAUGGUUUCAACAGUGAUGGCCAUGAUGUUGUAUAUGAUAGACUGAAAGCAAGGCAGGACAAAACCAAUCCCCUAGAUAAGGGUAUACUAGGCAUCAAUCUUGGGAAGAACAAAACAUCACCAGAUGCUGCAGAUGAUUAUGUGAAAGGUGUGCGUAGAUUUGGAGAAUUAGCUGACUAUCUUGUAGUGAACAUAUCUAGUCCCAAUACACCAGGCCUGAGGGAUAUGCAAGGCAAACAACAAUUGAAGGAUCUCCUAGAAAAAGUGGUAAAAGAACGUAAUGAAUUAAAAUGUGCCAGAAAACCUCCACUACUUGUCAAAAUAGCACCAGAUCUUACAGAAAAGGACCAGAAGGAUAUUGCAGAAGUUGUUACAAAAACGCAGAGCAGAGUAGAUGGCUUAAUCAUCAGUAAUACCACAAUAUCCAGACCCUCUACAGUGCAGUCUGAUGCCAAAGUAGAGACAGGGGGACUUAGUGGGAAACCUCUCAAAGAUCUGGCAACCAAGACUGUUAGUGAUAUGUACAAGCUAACUGAUGGUGCAAUCCCCAUAGUUGGACUCGGAGGGAUCAGCAGUGGGGCUGAUGCGUAUGAAAAGAUACGUGCCGGUGCCUCAUUGGUCCAGCUCUACACAGCGUUGACUUAUCAUGGGCCACCUAUCGUUGGAAAAGUGAAACGAGAACUAGCAGAAAUACUCAAGAAAGAAGGGCUUGCUUCAGUACAAGAUGCAGUAGGACUUGAUCAUAAACCCCCUCCCAAAGACACUUUCUAUGAUGCUUACAUUACACAGAAAUCAUAGCAAAUAUAAAGUAAUAGUUGGAUUUAUAGUAAAAUAGAGUAGACAUUCAGCAAGUUGUUGUUGCCAUAGUGUUCCAGCACUUGAAGAGGAGUAUGGAGCGAAUGUGUGUGACUUACCAAAAUGUAUUCUCGAGCAAAUCAUGAAAUAAACGAUCUCAAGAAAUAGAGAUCAUCUAUAUGAGAGCUAUAAAGUCAUAGAAUAUGAGUUCAAGUAAAAAAAGAAUAAAGAUUCAUCAAGGUGUUUUUAUCACCAUCUUCCCAAUUUUCUUAUUUUGAACAAUGCAAAUGAUGGGGCGUACCUGUAUAGAGCAAAUGAGUGAUGUAUACCAAAAUUUUUUCUUGCCCUAAUCAUGUAUCUCAAAUAGAGGGCGUCAAAGAAAUAUACAUAUUGUAUUUGAGCCAUUUUUCAGAUUCAUAAUCCUACAGCAUAAAGGUUUUUAUAGUGAUUGUAUACAAAUCUAGUGUCAAAUAUAAAAGCAACA